GCCACGGCCACAGUUUGGCCCGGUGCGUUGCCUCGCGAACCGCCACGCCACUUUUGCUCCUCACUCAUCGUCCACACGCACGCAACAAUGAGGGAAUGCAUCUCCGUCCACAUCGGCCAAGCCGGCGUCCAAAUCGGCAAUGCUUGCUGGGAGCUCUACUGCCUCGAGCAUGGCAUCCAACCUGAUGGGCAGAUGCCAUCAGAUAAGACCUUGGGCGGCGGAGACGAUUCGUUUAAUACCUUCUUCAGUGAGACUGGUGCUGGCAAGCAUGUUCCCAGAGCAGUGUUUGUGGAUUUGGAGCCAACUGUUGUCGAUGAGGUCCGCACGGGUACAUACCGUCAGCUGUUUCAUCCAGAACAGCUUAUCACUGGCAAGGAAGACGCGGCGAACAACUACGCUCGCGGUCACUACACCAUCGGCAAAGAGAUCGUAGAUGUUGUGCUUGACAGACUCAGAAAGCUUGCUGAUCAAUGUACUGGCCUUCAGGGGUUCCUGGUAUUUCACUCGUUCGGCGGAGGCACCGGCUCCGGUUUCACUUCCCUGCUGAUGGAACGCCUCUCUGUCGACUACGGCAAGAAGUCUAAGCUCGAGUUCUCCAUUUAUCCUGCACCUCAGGUAUCCACUGCCGUCGUCGAGCCCUACAAUUCCAUCCUGACAACGCACACAACACUGGAACACUCGGACUGUGCAUUUAUGGUCGACAAUGAGGCCAUUUACGAUAUCUGCAGACGCAAUUUGGAUAUCGAUCGUCCUACGUACACAAACUUGAACAGACUUAUUGGACAGAUCGUCUCAUCAAUCACGGCGUCUUUACGCUUUGACGGAGCCCUAAACGUUGACCUGACUGAGUUCCAGACUAACCUUGUGCCUUACCCUCGCAUUCACUUCCCUCUGGCCACAUAUGCUCCCGUCAUUUCUGCCGAGAAAGCCUAUCAUGAACAACUGACUGUUGCUGAAAUCACCAACGCUUGUUUCGAGCCAGCGAAUCAGAUGGUGAAAUGUGAUCCCCGUCACGGCAAAUACAUGGCUUGUUGCAUGUUAUACAGAGGUGACGUUGUCCCUAAGGACGUAAACGCAGCCAUUGCUACAAUCAAGACUAAGAGAACCAUACAAUUUGUGGACUGGUGCCCGACUGGUUUCAAGGUAGGCAUUAACUACCAGCCUCCCACGGUGGUCCCCGGCGGAGACUUGGCCAAGGUUCAGCGUGCUGUUUGCAUGUUGUCCAACACCACUGCCAUCGCCGAGGCUUGGGCUAGACUGGACCACAAGUUCGACUUGAUGUACGCCAAACGUGCGUUCGUCCACUGGUACGUCGGCGAGGGUAUGGAAGAAGGCGAGUUCUCCGAGGCUCGCGAGGACUUAGCUGCCCUCGAGAAGGACUACGAGGAAGUCGGAGUGGACUCCACUGAAGGAGAACUUGACGAAGAGAACGAGUAUUAAAAUGUCGAUUAAUCAAUUUCGACAACAGACAAACGUACAUAUUUACGAAUCUGAUUCAGAUGAGUAUCAGACCUAUCAAAUCUUAACGAGUGGGUACGUAGGUUCUUUACAGUGAAUGUAUCUCGGCAUAAUACGGUAACCCUAUACAAUUAAACUUAAAAAAUGUUAAACAUGAAACUUUUGUUUUAUAAACAUAAAAAACACACGACGAAGAAGUUUUUAAAUCGACAUUUUAAUAAUUAUAUUAACAGUCGUUUAAGUGUGCUUGGAAAAUAAUAAAAAAGCUAACAGUACAAACUUUUUAAAAUUAACUUUC